AUGCAUCUCAGGGCCAUAACCUUGUUGGUCGCCUCCUUGACAUUGGCUCAGGCGCAGGCACGCCCCGAUGGUAUGCUGUACCGACGACAGUAUGGCAAUGACACUACAUCGUCCGAUAUCACUACCACAAUCGCUACUCCUGCUGCUAUCGAUGCUGCGCUGUCAACCAGCAGCGUUGCCACAACGACCACGGCAGACACUGGUGUCGGAUUGACGAGCAGUACUACAAGUACCACCACAACAACCUCAUUGUCCACUAGCACCAGCGCCGUGGCGGCUACCACAACUGCGGAUUUGGCUUCGUAUACCACCACCGCCGCCGCCGACGAUGCGGUUGUGACUGCGACGACAACAACCACUUCGUCGAGUAUCGAUACCGCGAACGAUGUUGUUGCCUCAACUACGACAACUACAACUACCACGGCCACAGCUACCACGAACACAACCACCACGACUACAACUGCCACACCCACAACUGCUGUAGCCGCCGACAACACGACUUCAAUCGACGUUGCUACGAGCUCUUCUACUUCAAGCAGCACCACGACGAGCGUCAGGGGUAAAAAGAAGAAAACGACAUCUUCACUGGCAACGAGCACUACUGCCACUGCGGUCGUCACAUCCAAUUCCACUACUAGUACGUCGAGUACAGAUGAAGUAGAGGGCAUCUCGACUUCUUCGUCUGGCACGACAACUAGUACUAGCACUGCCGAAAUGGAGAACGUUUCAAGCCCGUCAACUUCAAGUAGCGUGACUGCAGAAGUCACAACACCUCCGGCCGAGGGUGCCGUGGUGGCAGCGAAGACUACAGAUAGCGCAAAUAUCCCUGCCGACAUGACUCAAACCUCAAGCGAGGCCGUCGAAGUCAGUACCACUGUCGAGGACAAGACUUUUACCAUGACUAUUGGAUCUGGACCGUCCGCAUCUGUUGUUACCACGACAAUCCGCCAGACGAAGACAUUUUAUGUCACGAGUGUCGUGUAUGCCACCAUCACUAAACCAUCUCCAACUGGUGCAAAUGUAGGCGCUGGCGGCGUUGGGGCUUCACAAAACCAAGCAGUUGGUGUCACGCCCACAGCUGGGGACGGGACAACCACGAUCACCAUGGUGUCUACCACUACGGAGACGGUUACUGUUGUGCCUGCGACUACUGGAGUUGCCGCCGAUGCGGGGGGUGCUUGUGGUGUUUCGUACGUGACGGUAACAGAGACGAUCCAAAGCACCGUCACUGUUACUGCAGAGCCCACGCUGAGCAAGCCAUCGGUCGCGAACCAAGCGCAAGAGACGUCUCCCAGUGCCAGUAUCAGUGCCAGUACCAGUGCAAGCACGAGCGCCAGCACGACCACGACCACGAGCUCCAGCACAUCUACCACGGGAGCUCCGUAUACUUUUGGAAACGGCACCGAGUCGCAUAAUCUGAACUUGGCGAGCUCUGGGUUUAUGACGGUUUCGCGAUUCGCCAGGGAAACAGCGACGGGGUUCAAGCCUUGA